UCGCUCACCCCACACUCGCAGACACACUCACACACACAGACACGUACUCACACGCAGACACACACUCGCUGUACAAUGGCAGAAUCCCACCUGCAAUCAUCCCUGAUCACAGCCUCACAGUUUUUCGAGAUCUGGCUUCAUUUCGACGUUGACGGAAGUGGUUACCUGGAAGGAAAGGAGCUGCAGAACUUGAUUCAGGAACUCCAGCAGGCGCGGAAGAAGGCUGGAUUGGAGUUAUCACCUGAGAUGAAAACUUUUGUGGAUCACUAUGGGCAGAGAGAUGACGGAAAAAUAGGAAUUGUAGAGUUGGCUCAUGUAUUACCCACAGAGGAGAACUUCCUGCUGCUCUUCCGAUGCCAGCAGCUGAAGUCCUGUGAGGAAUUCAUGAAGACAUGGAGAAAAUAUGAUACUGAUCACAGUGGCUUCAUCGAAACUGAGGAGCUUAAGAACUUUCUAAAGGAUCUGCUGGAAAAAGCAAACAAGACUGUUGAUGAUACAAAACUAGCCGAGUAUACAGACCUAAUGCUGAAACUAUUUGAUUCAAAUAAUGAUGGGAAGCUGGAAUUAACUGAGAUGGCCAGGUUACUACCAGUGCAGGAGAAUUUUCUUCUUAAAUUUCAGGGAGUCAAAAUGUGUGGGAAAGAGUUCAAUAAAGCUUUUGAGUUGUAUGAUCAGGAUGGCAAUGGAUACAUAGAUGAAAAUGAACUGGAUGCUUUACUGAAGGAUCUGUGUGAGAAGAAUAAACAGGAUCUGGAUAUUAAUAAUAUUCCAACAUACAAGAAAAGCAUAAUGGCUUUAUCGGAUGGAGGGAAGCUGUACCGAACGGAUCUUGCUCUUAUUCUCUGUGCUGGAGACAACUAGAGUUGGUGACCACGACACUAUUUGCUAGCGAUACAUUGUAUCUAAAAAAUAACUGUGCACUAUAAGGGAGUAGGCUGUUUUUUCUUUUGUAUCUGUAAAUUUAACUGCAUAUAGAUAAUUAUCCAGGAUGUGUGGCACUUUCUUUUCAGCUUGUUUCUAUACUGUUUGUAAUGUACAGUUUUGUAACCACAUGACUGAAAAGGAGAACGUCUAUGCUUAGGCCAGACAAUACAUCCAAUUAAAAAAAAUAAUAAUCUCACAUAUUCCUGCUUUCAUAAAUUUGGUUGGACAAGAUUUCCCUAAAAAUUCCACUAGGAUUAAUCUCUAAAAUUCUAGUCUCUGACGUGUAAAUGCACAUUUGUCACUGAAUAGGAGAAUAUUUCUGACAAUCAUAGGUGUGUCCCAUGAAAUAGUUCGAAGUCGUAUUUCCAGUUAUUAGGAGGAAUGAGCUUUUGCAUCUAAAAUACCAAAAUGUCAAUCAAUAGUUAAUUGUGGCUCUAAGAAGUUAACAGUCUCACUAGACAAGAUUUAGUUUAUUAAUCAACAACACGUCAAUGCUUGAAUCCAUAUGAAGCUCCUGGUUCAAACUGAUUUGAUAAGAAAGAAAGCAGCACCAGACAACACGCACACCUGUCUGAUUCUAUCUCUGUAUUUCCAACAAGCCUUCUGUGAGAGAGUAUGACCUUACUCCAUUUCCUAAACUGUUUUCACGUAUUGCAGAUUAUAAGUAUUCUAGUAAACUGCUGUUUUUCUGUCAUAUUCUGUGUAAUCUCUGAUUAAAUUAUAUAUACCGAGGAUCCUGGUGUCUAGUUUGUAUAUUUCCUGGAUUUUCUUUCAAUGCAGAACUGUUCAUUUCCACCAAGGGUAUCUGCUGCCUCUGAAAAUAUUUUUUUCUAGCUAUAACAACUAUUUUUUACUACAUAAUUGAAUUUUAAUGUAAAACUCAUAGCACCCUGAUUGUUGAAUGUUAUAUCAUUGAUAAUUUUGUGUAUUCUGUGAAUUCUAUAUUUCAUAUUGAGAUAAGCAUUCAAAAUAGUUCUAUUUCGAUCUGCAAAUAGUUUCAAAUAAGUUAAAAAUAAUAUCUGAAGAGGAAUGCUAAUGUAAUCAUUUAUCUUAUUUAACAAGGGAGAUUCUAAAACAUUCAUUUGACCCAUAUCCAAGUCACAGUUUCAUAUAUUUGUAGCUAGAAUAUCCUAUACUGGUUAUAGUUGACAUGUAAUGGUUGAUGAUUUCUGAUUUUUUGAUUGUGAAGCAGGGAGCUAUGAGACAGAUGUGUCUGUGUGAAAUUUAUAAAGUUACUGCCAAAGAGUUAAUAGUUCUGAAUCAGUUUGAAUGUUCCCAUUCUAUAAAUUCAGCACUGAUUUUCUCAAGUCAUAGAAAUAACAAAAAAAAAGUGAAGUAUCUCUUUCUCCCAAGAAUGAACAGAAAAGAGAUCUGCCAAAAAAUAAAAUUUAUCAAAUGAUUGAUGUAAGUGAGUGGUAGAUUGGCUUUGCUUCUGGUGUGUAAAUGGAAGCACUGACUUUAGGCUGAAUUUAACCACUAAGAAUAAA